GAGAGGAAGGUUCUUCGCGAUGGAACGGUGGCGACUCUGCUGCGAAGAUUAAACUUUCAGGGGAACCGAUUCACCGAAUUUAAGCAGGAAGGGGGUUUGUUAUCUGAUAAUGGAGGAAAUCCGGGCGACGAAAUUUCAGGAAUGUCUGUUCCCAUGGUGGAGACCAAGAAGAAUAACAGUGAGGAAGGCAGGGAAGAAAAAGAAGUAGAUGAAGGAGAAGAAGAGGAGCAGGUAGCAAAUGAUCAAGAACAUGAGUUCUCUAUUGGUGAUUUUGUAUGGGCCAAAAUUAAAAGUCACCCAUGGUGGCCUGGGCAGAUCUAUGAUCCUUCAGAUGCAUCAAAGUAUGCUGCAAAGUUCCAUCGGAGGGACCGUCUGCUGGUGGGAUACUUUGGCGAUGGCACCUUUGCUUGGUGUUAUCCGUCUCAGUUAAAGCCUUUUGAGGAGAACUUUGAACUUAUGUCAAAUCAAAGCAAUUCUAAGAGCUUCCUAAAUGCUGUCGAGGAGGCUGUGGAUGAGAUUGGCAGGCGCGUAGAGUUGGAGAUGACCUGCACUUGUGUACCAGAGGAAAUCCGAAACCAAAUUGCAAGACCAUUGGCUGUUAAUGCUGGAAUUAGGGAAGGAGUAGUUGUACCAGACGGUGGGAUUGGUGAACUCACAGUCACUCUAUACGAACCUGCAGAAUUGCUUGCCCUUCUAAGGGAUUUUGCAGAGGUUGUUUCAGUGAAUAGUAUACUGGAGCUUACAGUGUUACGUAGCCGUUUGUCAGCCUUCUUCCGUGCUAAAGGUUACCAGCAAUUGCCCAUGUACUAUGAAGGCGAGGAUGUCUCUGGUACUGAAGAUUUUGCUGUAAAUGAAGAAAUGCAUAAAACCGUCGUAGAUGGUCUGACGGAGGAAUUAAUCUUGCAGCCAACUGAAGUAGACUGGCUUUCAUCACCAGCAAGUCAUGGGGUCAUCAAACCAUGCCAAACCUCAUCUCAGAGGUGGCCAGGUAUUUCAGAUGAUAAGUUAUAUCAAAGAAAGAAGCAAAAAAGCAUGGCUGAGCUUUUGGCGGGUGAAGUCGAUGUUGAACAUCGGAAUGGUGAGAGUGAUGCUGCUGGGGAAAUUCUCUCAGGUAAACCGGUUUCAACUUCAAAAAAGAAGAGGGAGAGCUCUGAAGAUGACAUUAAUAUAGCAGCAGAAGAUUCAACUGGUGAUUAUAUGGGUCUUCAAAAUAAGAAGCUGAACAAAAGUAAGCUUUUAGUAUCUCCCCCAACUGCAGACAAGGAAAGCUCCAGCAUUAACAACGAUGACACGGGGGCCAAAGUAGCUGGGGUGAGCUCUUCCCCAAGGAUGAGGAAGAAGAGCAAGUACUUGUCGCCUCCCUACACUGACCUAAUCUGGGUAAACAAAAGCUUGAAUUCUUCAAAGGAUUCUGAAACAGAGUCUCCGAAGGAUAAAAUGGUUUCCUCCGUAGAGGAAUGCAUCCGCAGGGCUACAGAUCAGCUUGCUGGGACCCCUCCAACUGUAAGGUGUAGUGGUCAGACUUCUCAGAAAAAGCUCUCUAAGGAGAGUGGUGUUCGACGCAAGACAUCUAGUAACUUAAGCCCUCGAACACCGAACAGUGUCAAUUACAAGAAUAUUUUCGUGGAAGACAAUACAUUUAUAGACGAAAUGUUCUCAGACUUCCUUACCAUAGCUUUGGAUCCUUUUUAUCUAGAUGGGAGUCAACGUUUUGAUACAUUCAAGGGUUUCUUUUCCAGAUUUAGGAGCUCUGUGUAUUGUAAUGAAUCGAACUAUGAACAGCUAGUUGUUCAAAGUGGUAGAAAAAGGAAGUCCUUGGAGAGUAAUCUAGAUUCAUCUGGGCAAGCUUCGCAGGAAACUGAUCAAAGUUGUAGAAGGAAGUCUUUGGAGAGUAAUCCAGGUUUAUCUGGGCGAGUUUCCAAGGCAACUGAUCAAAGUGGUAGAAGAAGGAAGUCCUUGGAGAAUAGUCCAGGUUCCUCUGGGCGAGCUUCCCAGGCAACUGAUCAAAGUGGUAGAAGAAAGAAGUCAUUGGAGAGUAAUCCAGGUUCAUCUGGGCUAGCUUCCCAGGCAACUGAUCAAACUGGUAAAAGAAGGAAGUCCUUGGAGAGUAAUCCAGGUUCAUCUGGGCGAGCUUCCCAGGCAAUCGAUCAUCAAUCUUCUGAACCAAAAUCCAAAAGAAAGAGGGAAGAAACAGAUGCAGCAUUUUCACGGAAUGCCAAAAGUGAAUUGCAACAAGUUGAUGUCACAUCUGGUUUGAAGAUGGAUCUUAACAAAGAGGAAACCAAAGAUGAAUCUUCAGCAGCUGUGCGAGCUUCCCAGGCAACAGUUCAUCCAUCUUCUGAACCAAAAUCUAAAAGAAAGAGGGGAAAAACAGAGGAAGCAUUUUCACGGAAUGCCAAAAGGGAAUUGAAACAAGUUGAUGUCCCAUCAGGUUUGAAGAUGGAUCUUAACAAAGAGGAAACCAAAGAUGAAUCUUCAGCAGCAGUGCGAUCUUCCCAGGCAACAGUUCAUUCUUCUCCUGAACCAAAAUUUAAAAAAAAGAGAGGAAAAACAGUGGAAGCAGUUUCACGGAAUGCCAAAAGUGAAUUGCAACAAGUUGAUGUCACAUCAGGUUUGAAGAUGGAUCUUAACAAAGAGGAAACCAAAGAUGAAUCUUCAGCAGCAGUGCGAGCUUCCCAGGCAACAGUUCAUCCAUCUUCUGAACCAAAAUCUAAAAGAAAGAGGGGAAAAGCAGAGGAAGCAUUUUCAUGGAAUGCCAAAAGUAAAUUGCAACAAGUUGGUGUCACAUCAGGUUUGAAGCUGGAUCUUAACAAAGAGGAAACCAAAGAUGAAUCUUCAGCAGCAGCUCUUCUCUUGACAUUUGCCCCGGGAUUCUCUUUACCUUCCAAGGAUGAUAUGAUCACGAUAUUUGGUAGGUUUGGAUCUUUGAAUGAGAAAGAAACGGAAGUACUGAGAGAUUCAAAUUGUGCUCGGGUUGCCUUCAUGAGAAGCUCUGAUGCAGAAGAAGCCUUCAACAGUUCCCAAAAGGUCAGUCCCUUUGGACAUGCAGUGGUCAAUUACCGUCUUCACUAUUCAUCAGCCAUUUCUGGGGCAGUAGAACUUGAUGGGAGCUCACAUCUGCAACCAACCCCUCUGCUCAUUGAAGGCAAUGAACCCUCAGUAAACCCAUCUACUUCGAGGCUGAUGCCGGCAGCUGGUGAAGCUCCGCCUCUCGUUUUUAUAAAACAAAAUCUUGAGAUGAUGACAUCUAUGCUGGAGAAAUCAGGAGACAAACUAUCACCCAAGGUGAAAGCAAACUUGGAAGGUGAGAUUAAAUGCCUUCUGAAUAAGUUAAGCACAAUGGAUGAAUCUUUCUCGUCUUAGUUCAAAGUCUGUAUUAUAUGGAGCCAUUGCCUUCUACCCAUGUUCUCCUUUAUUUAUUCCCAUUAGGCUGCUGUGGAAUAGAGUUAGUAGGAAUCUCUGUUCCUUUGUAGGGUGGCUAUAACAUGAAUGUACUCAGUUGUAGGAAUACUUGUUUGGUUCUUUGGGGUCGUUUAGCA